CUUAUUGUGGCUAUUUUGUCUCUGUUCCUUCAGUCUUUUCAGGCCCUGGUGAACGACACAGCAGAGCAUGGCUUUGUGGUGGUGUCGUUUGGCGCUGGAGUCAAGUAUCUCUCCCAGGACAUUGCUCACAAACUGGCAGGAGCUCUGGCCCGUCUGCCACAGCGUGUCAUCUGGAGAUUCUCUGGAGUUGCACCCAGUAACCUUGGCAACAACACCAAGCUUGUUGAUUGGAUGCCACAGAAUGACCUAUUGGGCCAUCCUCACACUAAGGCCUUUCUGAGCCACGGGGGCUUAAACAGCAUCUACGAGGCCAUGUAUCAUGGGGUGCCGGUGGUGGGUGUGCCUCUCUUCGGAGACCACUAUGACACCAUGACUCGUGUGGCAGCCAAAGGGAUGGGAGUCAUGCUGCACUGGAAAGACAUGACGGAGAAAGAUCUCUACGCUUCCCUCAGCAGUGUCAUCAACGACCCCAGGUACCGCCAGCAGGCUCGUCUCCUCUCCAACAUUCACAAAGACCAGCCAGGCCACCCAGUCACCAGGGCUGUGUACUGGAUCGGCUACAUCCUCCGUCACAGUGGCGCUAACCACCUGCGCUCGGCUGUGUAUGAAGUGCCCCCCUACCAGUACUUCCUUGUGGACGUCCUUCUUGCUGUUGCAGCUGCCGGCGCCCUCAUAGUGUUUUUACUGCAUAGGUUGGUACGUCUCCUCAGGGGCAAGGCCGGCGACCACAGCAGAAGAGUCGACGGCAGCAUGACCAAUGGACACUGUCACUCUGAGAGCAUUGCCAACGGGAAGCACAAACGCAACGGUUCCUUGAAAUCCGAGAAGAAGAUAAAUUAGUGUUUCUGAAUGGCGACGUGAGGAAGAAGUUGCCCUAAGGACUCAGUUCUAGGUUUGGUUCAUUGCUUUGACAAAAAGCGUGGAGCAAAAGCUGUUCUUAGGUCUGUGUCAACGAGGCAACUGCUACUCAGAGAAGCACAAGGCUGUAGGAGGAUACACUGCAUUGUGUGGGGACAGCAAGGCAUCGGGUGCUCCAAAUCUGUUGUGUGUAUGUGUGUGUUUAGAUGAAUGUUUGUGCUAUGAGGCAGAAUUAACAGAAAAAAAAAGAAGAAAAAAAAAAAACUAUAACCACAGCUACAGCGAGACACCGCAAGUUGUUUUUUUACGGAUGAAACAAAGGAAGGACACAUCUAUACAAGCAUCUCAUCUACUCCAUGUUCCCUGCUGGCUUCCUCAGCAGAGGGAGGACCACCAAGCCUUCAUCCUAGGAACAAAAGCAACAAAUCAAACUGCUUUGGAUUGAUCCUGUGUUUUAAAGUGUCUGGUGAUAACUGUAAACAGAAGAAAAAUCUAUUUAUUGCUGCUCCAAUGCAUUUUAAUGAUGGACCUUUUUAACCUUGUCUUUAUUGUUAAUUUAUUUCAUCUGUCUGUCAGAGAUGUGACAGCAUGACGGUGGACGUACACUCCUUAUUCCGAGAUCGCAUCUCUCUUUGUAUUAGUGAAACAAGCAACUUUGACAGCAGCGAUCGAGGAUGAGUCAGAGCAUCACUCAUUUACGAUUGUUGCUACCGUAGUCUCCCGUUUCUUCGUUCUGCUUCCGUAAUCUAUUUAUCGCAGUAAAGAUUUCUUACCCUGUUGCCAUUGUCAGGGCUGCACUUGACUUUGUACAUAAUUUCUCCAUUAUUUAGUUGUUACUUAAAUUCUGUGCACUAAUUUCAACUCGUCACGAUUGCUAGCCUUAAAUUACUUUUCCCACAGUUUUACUUUGAUAAGCCUGGAAGACAUUGCUGUUGCCAUCCAUGUGCAAACCAGCAGACUUUAUAGAACUUAUUAUAAUUUCAAUGCUUGAAUGAAGUGCCUUCUCAAGGCUUUAUGUAAAAUCUACAGGGCUCUCCACAUUAUUGGCAUCUCUACUAGAUAUCUUAAAGCAGCUGUUGAACAAAUUAUUCUUACGCUUUACCAUAAUAAAAUAUGUGUUUUAGCCAUUCUUCAAAAAAAUGUUUUAUGAUUAUUUAGUAAUCAUUGACCUGUUUCCCUUUAGAGUAUGUGUAUGAAGUCACAGAGGCCUAUUUCAAUACCUGAUGGUGUUUUUUUUUAUUAAUUUUACAUUUAAUUUCUAUGUCUAAGAACUAUUCAUAGGUAAUCGAAAACUUUGUUUCCCUGGAGAAACAACAUCACCAAGAUGCCAUUUUCUUUUAGCCACUAUUCCAAAUGGUAAAAAAGAGAACAUGUUAAGAAAAUAAGUAGAAGAAAACUGCUGCUCAUUCAAGCUUGAAAAUAUCAGCAGCAGAGACAGUAUUACAAGUUUUAGAAAACUUAAACUGUGACAAACAAGGUCACUUAGGAAGGAAAAAAAACAAAAACAUUAAGCAGCACAUAUGCUACUCAUCCCAAUCGAAGUUGACCAGUGUCUGUAAACGUCACAAUAAUGAAAGACUUCAUACUUUCUAGGAGAAUGUAUACAGAAAGCAGGGACCUAUUUCUCUUGGCCACUCUUCCAAAUGGGAAAGGAACUAUUACUAUGUCAGAAAAUGGGCUUUCGUUGCACCACGUUUAGCCCAAGAUCAUCUUCACACCCUGCAGUGGAAAAUGUUGGUAAGAGAAGCAUUACCAACAUUAGUCAACAGUAAACUUUUCAUGUGUCUGAUUAUGCUACUUGCAGUAAAAGAUUAAUUAUUUUCUAACUUUAAAAAAAAAAAAAAAACUACCAGGAGGUGCCAAUAAUUGUUGAGUGCACUGUAUGUUUCUCUGUCUUUUCUGUGUUUCGUCACACAUCGUUAAUCUUAUUAUGGGAAUGAGAUGGCUCUACGGUUAGCCCUAUGAGAUUCGAUGACAUUUUUGUUCUAUGAAAUUAGAACGUGCAAACAAUUGUGUGUUUUUAAGCCGUCUUCUGUUACUUUUUUUUCCGUUUAUCUUGUUUCUUGGCAUUCCUUAGGAACAGCUGGGUGAAACAAGAUCAAGAGAAGCCAUAGUGUAAAAAAAAAAAAAAGAUUCUUUUAUGGUUUCUUGUAAUGUGACACAAGCUAAAAGUAUACAUAGAGCUGGGAAUAUUCGGGCAAUAGCAACCUCCGCUCACUGUAACACUUUGGCAUCGGGUAUAGUGUUUGCUUUCUACUCAGACUCAUAUAAGCUUCAAUCACAGGUAGAAGCUGGGAUCAGUGACACCCUCCAUGCUUUUUGUAAAAUAUCCCUGAAAUAAAUUACUCUUUCAUUUCAGUAGUAUAAUGUCACUGUGAACAUUUUCAGAGAAUCCAACCUUUAGGUUGAGAGCAUUUAUUCAGAUGGGGGCCAAGCGUGUGGGGACAAUUAACUGAAUUACAGCUCCAGCAAUUUUUGGCACCCCCAAUAUUUCCUUUAUGAUUAAUUUCUAUAUUUGGUUUUGUAGCCCCAAACUUUUUGUUUUUCUGCAACAAACAAAUCUGACGCAGAAGCCAAUUUCUCUUCACAGUUGGAAAAACAACAGAACCUAACGGUAAACUAAUCCAGAUAA